AUGGCAUCUGUUGAAACCACCAUUGCUCUGAAUGUUGCUGCAGCUAACUCAUCCAAAUCGGCUUGGGACGCUCUACACACUACUUAUGCAAACAGAUCACAAAUGCGUGUCUUCAACCUGCGUGAUCAACUUUCUCGUGUCACUAAGGAAUCUCGCUCCAUCACUGAAUAUCUUCAUACUAUUCGGUUCCUUUCGGAUGAGUUAGCCACUGUUGGUUCUCCUAUGUCAAAUCCUAAACUCAUUGUCAAAAUACUCAGAGGGCUAGGUUCUGAAUGUCGUGAAAUCUCAGUUGCCAUUUAUGCACGUGAUACGGUUGUAACAUAUGAAGAAUUGUUUGAAAAGCUACUUGACAAUGAAAUCUUCCUUCAUAACGGGGAUGUUAAGAAACUUUCCAGUCCCAUAAUUGUUGCGGUCGCAACUCCCACCAAAUCCAAUACCAAUAACCAUAACAAUCCUAGGCAGAAUAAUAAUUCUCAACAGUGGCACUAG